AUGACUGGGUGGAAAGACAUCCCUCCUGUGCCGACGGCGCAGGAGUUUAUUGAUAUCGUUCUUUCCCGGACUCAGAGGCGACUGCCCACUCAAAUCCGUCCUGGAUUUAAGAUUAGCAGAAUUCGGGCCUUCUACACCCGCAAGGUCAAGUUCACCCAGGAAACAUGCAGCGAGAAGUUCGGCGCCAUCAUUUCCAGCUUCCCCGUCCUCAGCGACCAGCAUCCCUUCCACCGCGACCUGAUGAACAUCCUCUACGAUGCCGACCACUUCAAGGUUGCCCUCGGCCAGAUCUCGACCGCCAAGAACCUGAUUGAGACCAUCUCCCGCGACUACGUGCGCCUGCUCAAGUAUGCGCAGAGCUUGUACCAGUGCAAGCAGCUCAAGCGGGCCGCCCUCGGCCGCAUGGCCACCCUGAUCAAGCGCCUCAAGGACCCCCUCAUUUAUCUCGACCAGGUCCGCCAGCACUUGGCUAGGUUACCCGAUAUCAACCCCACGACUCGUACUCUACUUGUUGCUGGCUUCCCUAAUGUCGGCAAGAGUUCGUUUGUGCGCUCGGUCACACGGGCUGAUACCCCUGUUGAGCCACAACGAAGAGCUUGUCUGGAUCAUCCUCUUGAAGAGAUGAAUACCAUCGAAAUGCAGAGCGUCACAGCCCUGGCGCAUCUCCGUGCUGCCGUCCUCUACUUCAUGGACAUCAGCGAGCAGUGCGGCUUCUCGCUCAAGGCCCAGAUCAACCUGUUCAAGUCCAUCAAGCCGCUGUUCGCCAACAAGAUGGUCUUCAUCGUCCUCAACAAGAUGGAUAUCAAGAAGUUCGAGGAGCUGGACCCCGAGAUGCAGCAGGAGAUCAACGACCUCACCAAGUCCGGCGAAGUCGAGAUUCUGCGCGCAUCCUGCGCCACGCAGGAGGGUGUCCAGGAAGUAAAGAACCACGUCUGUGAGCGGUUGCUGGUCGAGCGAGUCUCUCAGAAGCUCAAGGCAGGCACCCACAGCAACGGCAACAUCGGUACCCGUCUGCAGGAGGUCAUGGCCCGCAUCCACGUCGCCACGCCCAUGGACGGCACCACCCGCGAGACCUUCAUCCCCGAGGCCGUCAAGAACCUCAAGAAGUACGACAAGAACGACCCGAAUCGGCGCGUCCUGGCCCGGGACAUCGAGGAGGCCAACGGUGGCGCGGGCGUCUUCAACGUCGACUUGCGCAAGGACUGGAUCCUAGAGAAUCCCGAGUGGAAGUACGACAAGAUCCCCGAGAUCUUCGACGGCAAGAACGUCUACGACUACAUCGACCCGGACAUCGACGCCAAGCUGCAAGCUCUCGAGGAAGAAGAAGAGCGCCUCGAGAAGGAAGGCUUCUAUGACGAGGACGACGACCUGCCCGACGAGGAGGAGGAAGAAAUUCUCCAAAAGGCCGAGUAUAUCCGCGAGCAGCACGCGCUCAUCCGCAACGAGGCCAAGAUGCGCAAGUCCCUCAAGAACCGCGCCAUCAUCCCCCGCAAGGCGGUCAAGAAGCCCCUCUCCCAGCUCGAGGACCACCUCGACCAGCUCGGCGUCGACACCGAGGCCAUCGGUCUGCGCGCCCGCGCCCAGACGGCGCAGUCCUCGCGCGGCCGCUCGCUCGUGCGCUCCCGUGGCACCACCGCCGAUCCGGACGCCAUGGAUAUCGACGACGGUGCCGCUUCGGCCAAAGAGAGGCUUGCUCGCUCGCGCAGCCGCGCUCGAUCGGUCGCCGCUACCAACCGUCUGCAGGACGGCGUGCAGGGUACGACGCUGCGGUCGAAGGCCGAGAGGCAGGCCAAGCUGGCGCAGAGAAAGAUGAAUCGCAUGGCCAGGCAGGGAGAGGCGGAUCGGCAUAUUCAUGCUUCGAUGCCGAAGCAUUUGUUCUCCGGCAAGCGGACGAUUGGCAAGACAGACCGUCGUUAA